UGAGUGAGCGAGCGAGCGAGCGGCGGCGCAUGCUUCAUGAAUGAGUCCCUCUCUACCGCACAGCAGGUCGGACCCUCAGCCUGCACCCUGAUGCCCGUGUGGGUGCGCUGACCGGCGGGGAACAGUAAAGGAUCCAGCUGCUGAUGAUCCCAGACAGUGAACGCUUCGCCCCGGUGCUACAUGACCGUUUCAUCCCUCCAGGACCAACACGACAGGACAAGAUGCUUGAUGGACUCCGGCGGAGGCAUGCCUCCCGGCCCUCCACCCGACCCCUGUCACUCAACUUCAGCACCUUCUCUGCCCCUCCCCCAAGCCCAGACAUGGACAGCAGCAGUGAGCAUCCAAUCAGGAGGACUCUGCACCGGCUGAAGUUGAUGAGCUCCCCCAGCCUCAGUGAGCUAGGGAAGAGUGAGAAAAGUUCACCGGAAGACCGAGGAGAGAAGCAGAAGAAGGCAGGAUCAAACGCCACCUGGAACAGCAUCCACAAUGCUGUCAUAGCAGUCUUCCAGAAGAAAGGCUUGGCCGAUAACGAACUCUACGUCCUCAACGAAGGUGUCCGGCAUCUGUUGAAGACUGAGCUGGGGUUUUUCUUCACAGAGUACCUUCAGAAUCAGCUGCUGACAAAAGGCAUGGUCAUCCUUCGGGACAAAAUAAGGUUCUAUGAAGGUCAGAGGUUACUUGACUCUCUGGCAGAGACGUGGAACUUCUUCUUCUGCGAUGUACUCUCGAUGCUGCAGGCCAUCUUCUAUCCAGUCCAGGGCAAGGAGCCCUCUGUUCGACAGCUAGCUCUGCUUCACUUCAGGAACACCAUAGUCCUGAGUGUAAAGUUAGAGGACGCCCUGUCUCGACCUCGGGCCCGUGUUCCCCCCUCUGUUACACAGAUGCUGCUUAUUCUUCAGGGGGUUCAUGAGUCGCGCGGCAUAAAUGAGGAAUACCUGAGGCUUGAGUCUUUGAUUCAGAAGGUAGUCUCGCCCUACCUGGGCACACACGGGCUUUACUCUGAAGACGGGGCUGAGACUCAUUGCUGUGUUUUGGAGAAGCGUUCACCGUGGGGCUGGUCAAAGUCUGCAGAUCAACCGUCCAAAAACCCUGUGGUACGAUCCAAAAGCUACAAUAUUCCUCUGCUGCUGACCCCUGUGGCUGAGUAUGACCCAGAUGCCAGCUCUGUUGGCAGUGGAGGAAUUCGGCGCCACUCGGCCUGCGAGAUUAUAACAUGCCUGGAGGAACAAGGACUGGUCUACGCUGACUUGGCCCCCGGAUCUGAUCUGUCUGGCCCCUCCUCCAACAGGCUUUGUGUGGGCUCUCAGUUCAAUGGUAUUGUGCAAGCAGGAGCGGGUGCUAUGGCCUUGCCUCUUUCGUCUGCAUCUAUCCUUCCCCUUCAUUCCUCAGGAGCUCUGCACGGCACUGAGGCCACAACAACAAUGACUGAUCUCAGUAAAGGUGCAUCUUCCACGCCACCCAGUGAAUCAUCCAGCCCUGAAACCAUUAUUGGACAAGUGCUAGACUCUGCAGACUCAGACUCAGAUGGGAUAUUUAUUGAUUUCCCACCUCACUCCUCAGAGGCUAUGGGAUACUGCCGUGACAGCAGGCAGAGCACUUUGUAGCUGUGGCUGCUUUAAGAACACACCCUCUCUCCAGUGUGUACGCUAAUAAUCGGGGAGACAGAUUAAAGAAUUAUUACAUCUACAUUUCAUUAAAUUGGUACCAUCUUCUGCUCUUAUUAGUCCAUUCCAAGUGCUUUCACUGGUGAAUGAAAACCUCGCAACUCUAAAGUUUCAACUAUUUAAGACCUAAAGAAAAUCACAUUUAUCCAACAAAAAGCAAAACAAACCCCAGUGGAAUUAUGAUUAUUAAUGCUUUAAAAUGUUGACCAAGUUUUGACCUUGGGAUACAAGCUUUUUUUCAAGGAUUUCAAAUGUUCUCAUUAACACACAAUAAGUUGCAUUACGUUCUUAAGGGAUAAAUCUGGUGAUAUUCAACAAUUUUCUUAUUGGCAACAAAUCUCUGAAAGGACCAAUAUCAGCAUUGAAUUGAUCCGUGAAAGAACACACAUGAAUGUGCCAUACAGUUGCACUGAGUUGUUUCCUGAUUUGCUAAAAAAUUGGUACUUUAUUUUAUAAUGUCUCAAUUAAACAUUAAAGCUGCUGGUACUGUAAACACUCACUACAACAUCAGAUGUGAAUUAAUCUGUGGCUGAAAGAUGUCCCCAAAAAAUGCACUAAAAAUACAACUUUUUAACUACAGUGCAGAAUUACUCCGCUUUUGGGACGCAUUUCUAAAAAUGUAUGUCUUAAAAAGAAACGACAUUUGUUGACAAUAUACAAAAGAUGAUGAUAAUUAUAAUAAUCUUUAACUCAAAGAGGAGCAAGAAAGUCUUUAACUGAAUUUAACAUCAUCAUUAGAGUUAUGAGGUUUUCAAACAGCAUCAGUUUCUUGCCUCAACUAAUAAGAAGGCUCUUACAGCCACCAUUUACAUGGAAAAGUGACAGAGACUUUACAUAUUAAUCAUGGAUUGUUUUGUAUAUGUGUAUUUUAUAUAUUCUGUUCACGCUUUGUUGUCUGCUAUUAGCAGUAACAGUAAUGAGGUCUUCUGCUCUCUCUUUUGUACUACAUCUAAUGAAAAUGUAGACUUGAAUUGUUUUUAUUGUCAGCGGCGUUCAUAGAGGUUUAAUGCAAACUUCUUAUCUUAGGGCAGACAUCAGUGUGACAACAUUUGCUUUUCUGUAUUAGCUCCCUACAGCAGGACUUUGAGGAAUGAUGAUGUUUAUUGUUUACAUUUGAUAAAGACAUGAACAUUUUUGACUGAAUGUCGUCUCACACACUGUAUUUUGCACCACCACUAUGUUGUAAAUAAAAAUGCAUUGUUGUUUUUUAGGACAGCUUGAUAGUGUAAAGUGAGCUUUUACCUUUAAAUGACUUGAGAUUUUAAUAAGGGCUUUUUAACUGAAUCUUUUUCAAACAAUGUUUUACCUCAAGCGUUUUGUACUUUACUUUUUUUGACAAUCUAUGAUGUCUUCGGAGUUGUACUUUGUAUUAAUUUGUUAUACUAGCCCAGUAAAAAAAUAAAUACAUUUGAAUAGUAUUUAAAAA